GAUGCAGGUUGUGUUGAGUGAUGUGAUAUCCGCCCUCCUCCAGCAACAUACCAGAACUUACUGAAAAAAAAACCUCGCUUACAGUUGUUCCUCAGCCAUCAUCUCCUGUAAUGAACACACUAUCAGCUUGACAUCCCUCCGCUUCACGGUCUCGUCACUGUCAGUUUGGUCUAGAGAUUUCCUUGUGAAUGGGUUGAACUCGAGAGAUCACAGGCAGAGAAUUUCUCCACUGAUUUGGGCAUUGGGCCUGUUUGCUGAUCUCCAUUGUGUCAAAGGCGGUACACACACCCGCUUGAUUAAAACUUUUUGCCCGUACAAUAAGUAAAGACAGCAGCACCUAAAAUGCCACUUGGAUUGGGGCGCAGAAAGAAAGCGUCUCCUCUGGUGGAGAAUGAGGAGGCAGAACCGAUCAGGACCGGAAUGAAUGUCCCAGGGCUGGAUGGACUGGAUGGACGUGGGGUUGGACUGGGUGAAGGAGCUACUCAAGAGGGUCUGCCACCUCCACCCACCAGUCUGCGACCCCGUCUGAUCUUCCACACUCAGCUGGCUCACGGCAGCCCCACGGGUCGCAUCGAGGGCUUCAGCAAUGUGCGUGAACUCUAUGCCAAGAUAGGAGAGGCCUUUGGGAUACCUCCAACAGAGGUAAUGUUUUGCACACUGAACACUCACAAAGUGGAUAUGGACAAACUUUUGGGGGGCCAGAUUGGAUUGGAGGACUUUAUAUUUGCUCAUGUGAAGGGCCAGAGAAAAGAAGUGGAGGUCUUUAAAGGAGAGGAUGCACUUGGACUCACCAUCACUGACAAUGGAGCUGGCUAUGCUUUCAUUAAGAGAAUAAGAGAUGGCAGCAUAAUUCAUCAGAUUCAGGUCAUCAACGUGGGAGACAUGAUUGAGUCAAUCAACGGGCAGAUACUCAUUGGCUGUCGCCAUUAUGAGGUUGCCAAAAUGCUGAAGGAAUUGCCCAAAGGGAAAACCUUUGUCCUGAAGAUGGUGGAACCUAUGAAGGCUUUUGACAUGAUCAGUCAGCGGUCGGGAAGCAGGUCAGGCUCUGCUCAAUUAGGAACAGGUAGAGGAACUCUGCGCCUGAGAUCUAAAGGACCAGCCACCGUGGAGGAACUGCCCUCAGCGUUUGAAGAAAAAGCAAUUGAAAAAGUCGAUGACCUUUUGGAGAACUACAUGGGUAUUAGAGACAGUGAACUCGCUGCUACAAUGGUGGAGCUUGGCAAGGACAAAAAGAACCCGGAUGAGUUUGCCGAAGCUUUGGAUGAGACUCUGGGUGACUUUGCAUUUCCUGAUGAAUUUGUGUUUGAUGUGUGGGGUGCCAUAGGCGAUGCAAAGGUUGGUCGUGUGUAAUUCUUGAAAUGGUCAUUCUAGAAAACACUCCUUUUAGGAAUGCUAUAUAAGUUGUUUUCAGUUAUAUUGUUGUGAUUUUUGGGAGCGUACUCUGGAAUGCUUCUGGAGCCACAUCUCUUCAGGCCUCUAGUUCCACAUUUUCUGUCAUAAUAUAGCUGGCGGUGCUAUCAAGACACUCAAAAAAAUGUAUUCAGAUUUGAUAAAGUUGAGGCUAAUCACUUACAUGAAAUGUCUUGCUAGUAGGACACUAAGCAUGAAGAUGAAGGUGUUUACCCCAGGUGUCGGAGAGGCGUAUUAGAUGAUUAUUCUGUUACAUACUGUGACUGACUUUCACUUUGCACUGCAUUGUCCAGCGCUGUAUAAAUUGCACGGUAUGGCACAGCUCGCAGAACACACACACAGGCGAUGCUGGUCUACACUGUUGUGACCUCCACUGUGUGGACCUGCCCUGUCCCAUGCCAGAGUAACAGACCAUUUGUGUUAUCAACAACACUAUGAUGAUUCCCUAAAGCAUGUGCUGUCUUGUGAUGUGUUGUGCAAUCUAUGUGAAGGAUUCAAAGUGGAAGUUGUUGCAAUGAAUUGAAAAUUGAAUGGGACGGUUUUCAAGUGACCUCUAGUGCUUCACAUUCCCAAUUCCGUGACAUACAAAAUGAAAUUGCUCUUAUUUUCAAAGAGUAAAAGAAAUGGGAAUGAAAACAUAAUGUCGGUUUUACUUUUAGGAGUGUGGUAAACUACCACCAAAUGCCAAACAUAAGGACUUUUUUUUUUUUU